UAGCGCAGAUCCUGCCGGACAUCUUGGAAGCAGCAGACGACGGGAAUGAGAGGAUAGCGGAAGUGGAGGAACAAGAAAGGGUGGGACGAUGGAGAUGCCAGCUCGACGCGUCUUGGGUCCUAGAAGAUACUGGAGUGGGGCUGAGUUUUAUUGUGUUCGAUGGCGACAUGGAGGUACGCUUGGAAUCAGACUGUCAACAGCUGGUACACAUCAUCAACUUCUCUAAGAAGUGGCCAGCACUUGAUCCAGAGCUUGAUGCCAUUGAGGCACUGAGAACUUCUUUUAUUUCCUUUUCGCUGAGUUUUUUACCUCGUUCUUUGAACUUCCGUGCGGAUGCUCUUGCAAAAGAGGCCCGAUCACGUGAUUUACACUACAUGUUGGUUGACAGUAUGGUCUCUAUUCCGCUAGCUCACGAGGCUAGUACGAUAGGACCGGUUUAAGUUUGAAAUAAAGCUUUUGAUGACAAAAAAAAAAAAAAAUCGGAUUUGUUAUUUGACUUACGUCGUAAAGUCGGUUACAAAUAAGAAACACCACCGAGAAAAAAAGGGAAAAAAGAAACAGCCACGAGAAGCAGAAAGCGUAACAGAGAAGAAGAAGAAGUAGUAGAGAGAAAGAGUACUACGAUGAAAACAGAUGAUAAAAAGGAGAAGCCAGCAAUACCCAUGUUAGCAUCCGAAGCGCCCAAGCCAAACGCAGCCAUGGAAACGCAGUCUGCAAACGGCGGCGGCGGGACAAAAGGGAAGAAACGCAACCGCAAAAUCUGCAUCUGCGUCACACUCCUCAUCCUCCUCCUCAUCUUCAUAGUCGUCCUCGUCUUAGGCCUCACUCUCUUCAAACCCAAACGCCCCAUCACCACCAUCGACUCCGUCGCCGUGGAUCGUCUCCAAGCCUCCGUCGACGUCCUCAAUCUCAAGGUCGUCCUAAACCUAACGCUCAGCGUCGAUCUCUCCUUGAAAAACCCUAACUGCGUCGGAUUCAGCUUCGGCAACUCGUCCGCGUUGCUUAACUACGGCGGCAAGUUAAUCGGAGAGGCGCCGCUUCCGGCGAGUCGAGUCGGGCCGGAGAAUACGCUGCCUAUGAACAUAACGCUGACGUUGAUGGCGGAUCGGUUACUCACCGACACGCAGAUUAUUAAUGACGUCAUGUCCGGGUCUAUACCUAUCAACACUUUCGUUAAGGUCGCCGGGAAAGUAAGUGUUCUGAAGAUCUUUAAGAUUAAAGUUCAGUCGUCUUCGUCGUGUGAUAUUGUCAUCUCUGUUGCGAAUCGUAACGUUACGAGUCAACACUGUAAGUAUUCGACUAAGCUGUGAUCGUUGUCUGAAGGUUUUUAGUUUAUAGAUCUGCGUUGCUUUUGUCUUCUUGUUGUCCUGAUGGUUUUGUUUUUGAAUUUUUUUUUUAUGUGUGUGUGUAUUAUAUGGUUUAGAACAAAAUAAAUUCAAAAGACAUUGGUUUGUUUUUUUCA